AUGGCUCCAGCAUUGCCUCAGGGUUCAGUUGUCUUGGUUACUGGUGCCACCAGCUACCUUGGAUCUAAUAUAGUUGAUCAAUUAUUGAAAGCUGGAUAUAAUGUGCGGGGCACAGUUAGAAGCAUGACCAAGCUCCGAAACUUGAAGAAUUCUUGGGAUGAGGAACACGGAAUGGGCAAAUUCGAACCCAUCAUAGUCUUGGACAUGGCUAAAGAAGGCGCUUUCGAUGAGGCAGUUAAAGGAGUGGAUGGCGUCAUCCAUUCAGCCGCAGUCAUGACAUUCGAUGCCGAUCCACAUAAGGUCAUUCCCGAGACCCUUGCAGGAGUGAACGAGAUCCUCAAGUCAGCAGCCAAGGAACCUCGCAUUAAAAGAUUUGUAUUCACGUCGUCAUCUACCGCCGCUACAGCACCAAUUCCCAACAAGGAGUUCCACAUCGAUUCAGACAGCUGGAAUGACGCAGAAAUCAAGGCAGCAUGGGCACCACCGCCAUACGAACCCCAGAGAGCUUGGGCCGUCUAUGGAGCUAGCAAAGCCGAGUCUGAGAAGGCCGUCUGGAAAUUUGUUAAAGAGCAGAAGCCCCAUUUUGUGGUAAAUGCAGUGUUGCCGGACUUUAAUUUCGGAAAGAUACUCGACAAAAGCCUCGCGGUUUCCACUGCUGAUUUUGUCCGGAGACUUUUCAAAGGAAAUAAGGAGACUGUUCUACCUCAAUACUUUGUCGACGUCCAAGAUACAGGGCUCGUACAUGUGGCAGCUUUAAUCAACCCCGAAGUUGCAAAUGAGCGUAUUUUGGCAAUGGCAGAACCCUUUAACUGCAACGAUAUCUUGAGGAUCUUUCGGAAGCUGCGACCAGAUCAUAAAUUCAUCGAUGAUUACCAGGAUGACAGUGUUAGAGAUCGAUCGACAGUUUCCAACGAGAGGGCUGUGAAACUGCUGAAGUAUAUGGGGAAGGAUGGUUGGACUUCCCUUGAGGAGUCCAUUAAGGUUACUAUCGAGGCCAUGUGA